CGAUUCAAAAAAGUUUUUUUUUUCAAAUCAAAUCUUGGAUUGUGUUUUCAUUCAUCAGAUUUUGUUCUUUUUGAUAAGAUUUCAUUCGUAAAAAAAAACAAUCAUGCCUCGUGGACGACCGAGGACAAGAGUUUAUAAUGAUGUUGAACGUAGCCGUGAUGGUACUGGUGAACCAAUGGAUACAUCAAGCUAUCAUUCGGAUGUAAGUUAUUCGGAAAAUCUUACCGAUUAUGUACCGGAUGCAUCAACUAUCAAUGAUGAUUCUAAUGAUACAUAUGAUGAAGAUUAUCGUAAUACACGUAAACCACGUGGUAGACCUCGUGGACGACCAAGAGGUAGGCCAUCAAGUGGUGGUGGUGGUGGUGGUCGUCAAUCAAUUAAUCGUCAAGAUUUAGAUCAAUUAAAUCAAAAUCGACCAACAUUAGAAGAAACUGAUAGUCUUUAUGAAACAGUACGACAAGGACGUUCAGUUCUUCAAUCAGUUGUUGAUGAAUGGAUUGAAAUCUAUCGUCAAGAUCGUGAAAAUGGUAUCAUACAUUUGAUGCAAUUUUUUAUUCGAUCAUCUGGUUGUAAAGGUAAAAUUACAACACAAAUGCGUCAAGUAUAUGAUAAUGCACAAAUAAUUCGUGCUUUGGUUGAUGAAUUUGAUGAAGAAUCGGGUGAUUAUCCGCUGAUUAUGAAUGGACCACAAUGGAAAAAAUUUCGUUCAAAUUUUUGUGAAUUUAUUCAUACAUUAAUCAGACAAUGUCAAUAUUCGAUAAUUUAUGAUCAAUUUUUAAUGGAAAAUCUAAUUUCCCUAUUGAUUGGGUUAUCCGAUUCACAAGUACGUGCAUUUCGUCAUACAGCAACAUUAGGUUCAAUGAAACUGAUGACAGCAUUGGUUGAUGUUGCACUUACAUUAAGUAUUAAUCUGGAUAAUACACAACGACAAUAUGAUGCUGAACGACAAAAAAAUGCUAAUAUGAAUAAACGUUCAAGUGAACGUUUAGAUAUGUUAAUGACAAAACGUAAAGAAUUAGAUGAUAAUAAUGAAGAUAUUAAAACAAUGUUGGGUUAUUUAUUUAAAUCAAUAUUUGUUCAUCGUUAUCGAGAUACAUUCCCUGAAAUACGUUCAAUUUGUAUGUAUGAAAUUGGUAUUUGGAUGAAACGUUUACCCGGAAUAUUUUUGGAUGAUUCUUAUCUAAAAUAUGUUGGUUGGACAUUACAUGAUAAAGUUGGUGAUGUACGUUUAAAAUGUCUGAAUUCUCUGUUACCAUUAUAUGAAAGUGAAGAAAUAUCGAAAAAAAUGGAAUUAUUUACAAAUAAAUUUAAAGAUCGUAUUGUAUCAAUGACAUUGGAUAAAGAACCAGAAGUUGCUGUUAUGGCUGUAAAAUUAGCUAUAAAUAUACAUAAACAUCAUCCAGAUGUACUGAGCGAUAAAGAUUGUGAACAUGUUUAUGAAUUAGUUUAUGCAACAAAUCGUUCAGUUGCACAAGCUGCUGGUGAAUUUCUUAAUGAAAGAUUAUUUCAGGUGGAUGAAAAUGCAACAAUAAAUUUACGUACAAGAAGAGGUAAAAAACGUUCCAUACAUACAUUAUUGAUCAGAGAUCUUAUACAAUUUUAUAUUGAAAGUGAAUUACAUGAACAUGGUGCAUAUUUGGUUGAUAGUUUGAUUGAAAGUCAUCCAAUGAUGAAAGAUUGGGAAUGUAUGACUGAUUUAUUGAUUGAAGAACCUGGACCAGAAGAAGAAGCAUUGGAUGAUCGACAAGAAACAUCAUUAAUUGAAAUAAUGGUUUGUGCUAUUAAACAAGCAUCAACUUGUGAUUCACCUGUUGGUCGUGGACCACAACGAAAGCAACUGACUUCGAAAGAACAGAAAACUUUGCAAGAAGAUCGUAUGAAAAUAUCUGAACAUUUUAUUCAAGUAUUACCAAUGUUAUUGAAUAAAUAUAAAACUGAUCCGGAAAAAGUUUCAAAUCUUUUGACUAUACCACAAUAUCUGGAUUUGAAUGUAUUUUCAAAACAAAAAGAUCAAUUAGAAAAUCUUCUUCGUUUAAUCAAUGAAAUUGUUGAUAUACAUUCGGAUAAAGAAGUAUUGGAAGUUUCAGCAAAAACAUUUGAAUAUCUUUAUGAUGAAAAUUUUUCAUUCAGUAAAAAUGUUAAUAUUUAUAAAGGAACAUUAAUCGAUACGAUUUGUUCAAAAUAUAAAGAUGCUAUUGAACGUUAUAAUCAAAAUCCAUCAGGUGAUGAAGAAAAAUUAAUGGUAAAUCUUCAAUUGAAAAAAAUAUCCGUUCUUUAUGCUUGCCAUGAUUUGACUAGUUGGAAUCUGUGGGAUGAUAUUUUUGAACGUUGGAUUAAAACAGCUAAUCAUGAAGGUGAAUAUAUACCAAUAAUGGCUGUAAAAUUUUCCAUUAUAUCAUGUCAUAUGAGUUUGGUAUGGGAAUUACAUCACCUGUCACAAUCCCGACAACAAGUUGAUCGUGCAUUAAUUGUUAAAAAUAAAUUGAAUAAUUUUAUGCAUGAAAUACGUUCAUUAUUGAAUCAUAAUAGUUUGGAUUUGGAAGAAGAGGCUUACAUUUCAAUAUGCGACCUAUUAAUAAUAUUUAGCCGUCAUUUGGAACAAGAAUCACCAGCAACGGCACAUUUGGUUUAUAAACCAGAUGUAUUAAUUAUAAAACAAUUGGAAAAUUUUAUUGCAACCAGAGUUUUCGUUGAUAAUGAUGAUGAAUCAUCAGUAAAUUCAAGAAAAUCAAAUAUCGAAAUAUUACAUAAACGUCGUCAUUUUUUAGCUGGUUAUUGUAAAUUAAUUGUUUAUAAUGUUAUACCUAUAAAACAUGCUGCAUGUGUUAUUAAACAUUAUGUCAAGUUUUACAAUGAUUAUGGCGAUAUAAUUAAACAUACAUUGGGUAAAAUACGUGAAAUAAAUAAAGUUUUAUGCGCAAAAACAAUGGCUACUGCAUUGAUAUCAGUAUUUAUGGAUCUACGUAAUGAAUGUUCAAAUAAUUUGAAUGCAUUCACGAAACAAGAUGAAAAUUUUCAAUCACUGAAAGAAUUGGCAAAAAGAUUUGCAUUGUCAUUUGGUUUGGAUAAUAUGAAAAAUCGUGAUGCUAUUGCAGCAUUACACCGGGAAGGUAUUCAUUUUACCUUUAAUACGUUGGAAAAUCCGGAAAAUCCACUAGGGCCACCACCGAAUUUACCAUUUUUGGAAAUUAUUAUUGAAUUUUCAAACAAAUUAAUCAAAAUUGAUAAAAAGACAGUACUUUCCUAUUUGGAUCGUUAUAUAAAAACAGCAUUACCCGGUGUACAUAAUGAUGAAUGGCAACCAUUAAUUAGUUAUCGUGCUAGCUUACAACAUAAUGAAUUUGAAGUACCAUUAAAUAGACAACCAGGACGACAAUAUAAUAAAACGAAAAAACAUGGACGUGAUGAUGAUGGUGAAGAAAUCGAAGGCGAAGAUGAUGAACAAGAGGAUGUGGAAAUGGUUGAAUGAAAAAAUAAAAACACCGAGCAUAAAA